AUGGCUAGCACUACGCUUUCGAAAAACUUUGUUCAGGCUAUCCAGAACCGCCGCACUUACUACAAGCUUUCUAAAAAACAGAUUCUCCCUGACUCUGAGCUUGUGAAGCUUGUGAAGCAGGUUGUUCGCGAGGCUCCCUCCUCGUUCAACGUACAGAGCAGCCGUGUUGUUAUCCUUCUUGGCAACCAGCACAACAACUACUGGGACAAAAUUGUUCCUGACUCGCUCCGUGCCGCUGCUGGUGACAGCGCCGUUGAGGCAUCCCAGGGAAAGCUCGAGGGCUUCAAGGGCGGCUACGGCACAAUCCUCUUUUUCGAGGACGAGAAGCUGAUCAAGGGCCAGCAGGAGGCUUUCCCUCAAUACGCUGCUGGCUUCCCUCUGUGGUCGGAGCACUCUACCGGUAUGGCGCAAUCCUAUGUGUGGGUUUUGCUCGAGGCUGAGGGUUACGGUUGCAACUUGCAGCACUAUGGUGGUCUUACCGGCGAUGCGCUCAAGAAGGUGUACAACCUUCCUGAGUCGUACAAACUCCAGUCUGAGAUGGUCUUUGGCUACCCCGAGGCCCCUGCCGGCGAGAAGGCGUACCACUCUGACCACGAGCGCGUCAUUGCAUACGGUCACAGCGCUUAA